AUGUUAUCGACUAUAAACCUGCUUUCCUCAUCCACCGUCGCCGUGUACUGGGGUCAAAAUUCUGGAAACACAGGUCAACAACGCUUGAGUUAUUACUGUGAUACUUACUUGCAGCAGAUGUUUCAACUGUCCUUCGUUACGCGGAUUUCAGGUGCAGCUGGUCUGCCAGAACUCGACUUCGCCAACCAGGAAAGCCAGUGCACUGUAUAUCCUGGCACGAAUCUCUUAAACUGUCCUCAGAUCGGAGAAGAUAUCAAGCGAUGCCAGCAAAAUGGAAAGACCAUCCUUAUUUCUAUCGGCGGAGCAACAUCGACAGAACGUGGUUUCGCCUCGGAGGUAGCAGCCAUCGAAGCCGCCAACAAGAUGUGGCAGAUCUUCGGACCUGUGCACGCGGGUAACACGGCAUACCGACCAUUCGGAGAUGCAGUCAUCGACGGCUUUGACUUUGAUUUCGAGACCAGCGUCACAAAUAUGGUGCCCUUUGCCAAUCAGCUGCGCCGCUUGAUGGAUACUUCUGAGGGCAGAAAAUACUACCUGACUGCUGCGCCGCAGUGCGUGUUCCCUGACGUAGCAGAUCAGGAGAUGCUGAAUGGAGCUGUUGCGUUUGAUGCAAUCUGGGUGCAAUUCUACAACAAUUACUGUGGCGUGAAUGCAUUCUCUUUUGGCUCAAUGCGGCAGGGUGCUUUCAACUUUGACUUAUGGGACGCAUGGGCUAAGAGCCAGUCCAAGAAUAAACAAGUCAAGGUCUUCAUCGGUCUGCCGGGAAAUGUGGCUGCGGCUGGAACUGGCUAUGUUGAUGCUGAGCAGGUCAGAGAAGUUGUCGCUUGGAGCAAGGCAUUCUCGAGCUUCGGAGGCAUUAUGGUAUGGGACGCAAGCUCGAUGGUUAUCAGGUCCAAACCCAAGGAGCCCGAGGUGGUCUCCAUCGUCCAUCUGGUGAAGAUGGCCGAGGAUGAGACAUCGCCUGUCAACCUCCCAAGCGAACAUCUGGAUGGCUCUGCUUCGCAGCGUGAACCAGCGCAAGGCUUGUGGAACAGGUUCUUCAGACGGAGAGAGCCGGGAAAGUCAGAAUCCGAGGAGUCGGAGUCCGUCAAUAACCCGAGCUAUCGUUCGAAGGCGACUUUAGGGAUUCUUAGCGACAAGGAGACCGAUGAAGUACCAGGAACGGUGCUAUUGCUCUCCUCGAAUCGUAACGAACCAUUGGGUCUGCGGCACCAGCAGCGGCGAACAUCCGCAUCUUCUCUACCUAACGUCAUUCCUUCGUCUCGUUCUUCUUCGCGCACGACGGCUCCCCAGCCAAAAAAGACGGCAGACGGUCGAAUUGUCCUCAAUCCGCAGCCAGAUGAUUCCGUCAAUGACCCACUGAACUGGCCCAUGUGGCGGCGCGAUGCUGCGUUGCUCUCCUUGGGCUUCUACUGCUUAAUGGGCGGAGGAAUGACACCCAUUCUUGCUGCUGGGUUCAACCAAGUCUCUGAAAGCUACGGAGUGAGCACUCAGAAAGUGGCAUACACCACCGGAUUGUACAUGUUGGGUCUCGGAGUCGGAUCGGUCAUCAUGUCACCGACCGCAAUUCUAUGGGGAAAGCGACCAGUAUAUCUCCUAGGGGCUACACUCUUUGUCCUUUCUGCCGUGUGGUGUGCCUUGUCUCCAAAUUACCCCAGUUUGGUGGUUGCUCGGAUUUUUCAAGGGAUCGCUGUCAGUACUGUCGAGUGUCUUCCCUCGGCCACUAUUGCCGAAAUCUACUUCCUGCACGAGCGAGCAUAUCGUGUUGGCAUCUACACUCUUCUCCUUCUGGGUGGCAAAAACCUCGUGCCUCUGGUCAGCGCUGCUAUUAUUGGCCGUCUGGGAUGGCGUUGGGUGUUUUGGAUCGUCGCAAUUAUUGUUGGUGCUUGUCUCGCCCUCCUCUUCUUUUUCGUUCCUGAAACGUUCUGGGAUCGCACACCGCGUCCUCGUCGCUCUCACAAGCGUCCUCAUAUGAUACGGAACGUAUCAGACCUUCUCCGAGGUCGACAACUUCACCACCGUCUAGAGGACCCAGUCCCGAACCGAGACCCUAUCUCACCUGCACCCAGAAAGUCCAACAAGGGUCACGUCGGCUUUGUGGAGGAUCAAGAUCAGGAAGGAAACCCGGUAGAUGAGAAGGAAAGAAAUCAUGAAGACCACGACCGGAUAUUACCAUCCGAGACCCCAGUCGAGGACACCGACCAGCUGGGCUUGUCGGACCCCGAGAAGCAUGAUGCCUCCCUACAAAUACCUGCUUUAGCGGUUACUCAUGAGUCGGACUCUCAGCGCGAUCUCGAAGCAGCUAGGCAACCUGCUGUGUCACCCGCGCGUAGCGAAUCCGUGGGUUCGGCCGUACCACUGCCUCCAGCCCAGGUGUACACCAACCGACUACGAGAGAAACCCCAAAUCCCCUUCACGCAAUACCUGCGAAUCUGGAACGGGCGAAUUUCGCAUGAUAAGUGGUUACGAGUUGCCGCGCGUCCGUUCAUUCUGUUCGCCUACCCGGCUGUUCUCUGGUCAUCGGUAGUGUAUGCGCUCUCGGUCGGAUGGCUUAUUGUGCUGUCCGAGUCUGUGGCGCAUCUGUACCAGGGCUCGCAUGGUUACAACUUCACCCCUUUGCAGACAGGCCUGGUUUAUAUCUCUCCCUUUGUCGGCGGUCUUUUAGGAACUGCAGUGGCCGGUAAAGUAUCCGACGUGAUUGUGCAGUUUAUGUCCCGGCGCAAUGGAGGCGUCUACGAGCCCGAAUUCCGUCUCGUCAUGGCCAUCCCUAUUGCUCUAUCAACUUCGGCGGGAUUGAUGGCAUUCGGAUGGAGCACGGAGGUGAAAGAUUCCUGGAUCGUGCCUACGAUCUUCUUCGGUCUGAUUUCAUUUGGAUGCUGUCUCGGCAGCACGACAUCGAUCACUUUCUGCGUGGAUAGCUACCGGCAGUAUGCCGGUGAGGCCUUGGUGACUCUGAAUUGGAGCAAGAACGUAUUUCACGGCCUGAUUUUUUCGUUGUUCAUUGUCGACUGGCUUGAAGUCGAUGGCGCCCGGACGGUGUUCCUCGCACUCGGGGGCAUUCAACUUGCAUGUUUGUUGUUCACGAUACCCAUGUACAUCUACGGCAAGCGGGCUCGGAUGUGGACGGUACGGAAGUGUUUGAUGGAGAAGUUUUGA